AUGAUUGUUUGUUUUUUAAAUGAAAUCGAAAAAACACAUAAAGUUUUCUUUGAAUCAACAUUAUCAUUUUCACAUAUUGAUUUAUUUCUAGAUACACAAAUGUCUCAAAAUCCUCGUCAUAAUUGUGGAAAAAGUAAUGAACAACAACAUUCAGCUCAUAGUGAAUGGUCACCAUCAACAGACAAUAGAAAUAAUCAAUAUUCAUGGUAUAAAUUCGAUAAAGAAGCAAAAGAAUUUUAG